AUGCCCAGGGAGCUCAUCACAUUACAAGCGGGCCAGUGCGGCAACCAGAUCGGCUCGCACUUCUGGGAGCACCUCUGCAAGGAACACGGCAUCGCAAAGGAUGGCACGCUCGAGGACUAUGCGUCCGAGGGCAUGGGCGGCGACCGCAAGGAUGUCUUUUUCUACCAGGCCGAUGACGAGCACUACAUCCCAAGAGCCAUCCUGGUCGACCUCGAGCCACGGGUCAUCAACAACAUCCUGUCCGGGCCCUACAAGAAUCUAUACAACCCCGAGAACAUCUAUCAGAGCAAGACGGGAGGCGGUGCGGGAAACAACUGGGCGCAGGGUUAUGGCGCCGGAGAGAAGAUCGCAGACGAGCUCAUCGAGAUGGUCGACCGCGAGGCCGACGGCAGCGACAGCCUCGAGGGUUUCAUGAUGAUGCACUCGAUCGCUGGCGGCACGGGAUCUGGGUUGGGCUCGUUCCUGCUGGAGCGGCUCAACGAUGCCUACCCAAAGAAGCUGAUCCAGACGUACAGCGUGUUUCCCAACUCGGAAGAGACGUCGGACGUCGUGGUGCAGCCGUACAACUCGGUGCUGACCAUGAAGCGGCUGGUCAACAACGCCGACAGCUGCGUCGUGCUCGACAAUGCCGCGCUCAGCCGCAUCGCGGCCGACCGCCUGCACCUGCAAAACCCGAGCUACAGCCAAACCAACCAGCUGGUCAGCACCGUGAUGGGCGCGUCGACGACGACGCUGCGGUUCCCGGGCUACAUGAACAACGACCUGGUCGGCAUGAUUGCGUCGCUGAUCCCGACGCCGCGGGCCCACUUCCUGAUGACGUCGUACACGCCCUUCACGUCGGACAAUGUGGACCGGGGCAAGGCGACGAUGAAGACGACGGUACUCGACGUGAUGCGGCGGCUGCUGCAGCCCAAGAACCGGAUGGUCAGCACGCAGGGGGCGUCCAAGUCGAGCUGCUACAUUUCCAUCCUCAACAUUAUCCAGGGCGACGUGGAUCCGCGCGACGUGCACAAGUCGCUGCUGCGCAUCCGGGAGCGGCACCUUGCCAGCUUUAUCCCGUGGGGGCCGGCGUCGAUCCAGGUGGCGCUGUCGAAGCGGUCGCCGUACGUGCCGUCCUCGCACCGGGUGAGCGGGCUGAUGCUGGCCAACAACACGGGGAUCGCGCACCUGUUCAAGCGGAUGGUGGACCAGUACGACCGGCUGCGGAAGCGCAACGCGUUCCUCGACAUGUACAAGCGCGAGCCGAUGUUCGCAAACGACCUGAGCGAGUUUGACGAGGCAAGAGAGACGGUGCAGGAGCUCAUGACCGAGUACAAGGCCGCCGAGUCGCCCGACUACAUUUCGGGCGGCGUCGACGACGUCUAG